GGCCUCUUUUUAUUUGGCUGCAGUAGCCGAGCAGGCUAGAAGGCGCUGGUUGAGCUGCGGACUUGAGGGUGUUGGCGGCGGGACGGAGCGGGGCGGCUCGCAGCGCUGACCCCUUCCUUCUUCGGCCCGCGGAAGCCCGAGGCGCUCAUGGCGGGCCUGGAAGUCCUCUACGCGUCUGCCGCGCCGGCCAUCACCUGUCCGCAGGACGCCCUCGUCUGCUUCCUGCACUGGGAGGUGGUGACCCAAGGCUACCACGGCCUCGGCGCCGGCGACCAGCCAAGUCCCAAUGACAAGAAGUCAGAACUGCUGCCAGCUGGGUGGAAUAGCAACAAAGACCUGUAUACUCUCCGGUAUGAAUCCAAAGAUGGCUCCAGAAAGCUCCUGAUGAAAGCCGUCACUAUAGAGAACAGCAUGAUCAUCAACGUGCUGGAAUGUGGCUCACAGCAAGUGGCAGACUUGACCCUGAACUUAGAUGAUUAUAUCAGUGAUGAAGACCUGAGUGACUUCCACAGGACUUACCGAAACAGUGAGGAGCUUCGGUCUCGAAUUGCAUCUGGAAUCCUCACACCCAUCCAUGAGCAGUGGGACAAGCCUAGUGUAAGCAGUGUUCCGAGGGAGUUCCCACCAGCCACCGCCAGAGAGGUAGACCCCCUCCGGAUUCCCCCACACCACCCACAGACGAGCAGGCAGCCUCCCUGGUGUGAUCCCCUGGGCCCUUUUACUGUCGGGGGAGAAGACCUAGACCCCUUUGGGUGCCGGAGAGGUGGCAUGAUUGUGGAUCCCCUGAGAUCUGGCUUUCCACGAGCACUCAUUGACCCAUCUUCGGGCCUCCCAAACCGGCUUCCUCCCGGCGCUGUGCCCCCAGGAGCUCGCUUUGACCCCUUUGGACCCAUUGGGACCAGCCCAUCCGGACCUAACCCAGACCACCUCCCCCCACCUGGCUACGAUGACAUGUACCUGUGAGAUCCUCAAGAAUGUAACAUCCCAGUCCUUCCUCCACUCUUCAGGAGCUGCCGCCACUGGCCCUGUCAGCAACUGUGUCCUUGCAGGCUGGGGGCAAGGGACUCCACCCACAUGUUUGCAGGCCGGCUGGGACUGCCUCGCCCUCCCUUGCCAGAGCCCAGGCAUCUGCCGCAGCUCUCCACCUGGCUGCAUAUAGGUCCCAAAGAGAAAUCAUUGUGUCCACACACCACCAGCUCCCCUCUUCCAAGGGAGACUCCGGCAGCACACACCCUCCACCCGAUGCAGUCCCACCCACAGCGGUAGAGGAACAAAACGCAUUUUGGAUGUUAUAAUUAAGAACCAAAUGUCAAUACAGAAUUCAUGUUGCCGGAGUCCCACUUUGUUUAAUUUAUAUUAGUGCACACUGCUGUCCAAUUGGGAGACGUCUGUCUGUGUCUUCGUAGGGCUAAAGGACUUGUUGCUUCUCAGGCGCCUUCCUUUCAUAUGUUGCUGUUGCUCCUGACAUCACUAAGAUGGGCCCCAGUUGGGUGACAUGCAUGGAACCCCCAGUGGGCCACCAGGAUGAUUGUCACCAGGACAGGCACAGUCUGGAAAGACUGCCACAGGGGGCAGAAUUCCCCCUGUUCCUGUUCUGAGCAGCCCUUUGGGUUCACGUGUGCCUAAGUGGCAGUGGCCUAGAGACCGAGGAGUAAUGAAGACGCAUGCAGGUCAUCUUGCCUUUGCUCUGUAAUUGGCCUUAAGAAAGUCUCCUCUCUGGGUCUUGUGGCCACAUGUAAAAUCAGAGUUGCCUUUCCUACCCUGAAACAUUCUGAAGUCUCUUUCUGUGGAUAGCAACAACCCUAGGAGCUGGAGCAAAAGGAAAAGAGUAAAAGUUUGAGGCCUUAAAUCCA